GAAAAGAGGGAAAAAAAAGAAAAAGAGAUUCAGUCGAAACCGACCAACCGUGAAAGUUAGUGGUUGGCCGGACCAUUUACCCUGGAAACGCUCGCCCAUAUAGAAGUGCGUCGCGACACCGCCGCCAGUUUCGCUCGGCUCUUAUCCCGAAAUCACCUAUACCUUCGCCAUGAAGUUCCACGUUUUAAUAUUGGCGGCCAUUUAUGCUACUGACGUAGUGUCCGGUGAUCUUUUGGGACAAGAAUUCCAACAUGCAGCCAUUGAUCACGUUCGCGAGAGAAGGCAAAGCGGUCACCUCCGUACGGUGAACCAGGCGCCGCCUCAGAUCCAGCAACUGAUACAGGCGCAACAGUUUCGUCCGCCGUUGGUGCCAGUUCCGCCGCAACCGAUCCCAAAGCUAGGCCCGUCUCAGCCUGUCCAGCCUCAGCAACUAUCGCAAACCCAGGCUCAGCAAUACCGGCCGCAAGUCACGUUCGCGUCCGGCGUCCAGCAACCGGAUUACAGAAACAUCGCGGCAGCCGGCCAGGCUCAGUACAAGAAACCGAUUCUACCGCAGCAGCCGCAGUAUCGUCCUCUUCCCCAGCAGCAGCCGCAGUAUCGUCCUCUGCCUCAGCAACAGCCUCAAUAUCAGCAGCAACUGCCGUAUCGUCCUCUCCCACAGCAGAACUACAACCCAGUGCCGCAGUUGCAGCGUUCGUCGAAACUGCCAGCUCACAUUCAGCAAUUGUUGCAGUACCAAAACAGUCUGAGCAACGCGAUCCCUCAGAAAGGAUAACGUGCUCUUGAAAAGUAGCUGUAGAAUCGCCAUGCCUAUGUGGGGGGGGGGGGGGAGAACUGUUCAGUCAGAGAUAGAGAUAGUUUGGUUUUGUUCUCGUCUGGAAGUAUUAAGUUAUGUAUAUUUUCUUUUUUUUUUUUUUUUUUUUUUUUGGCUAAAGUUUGAAAAUGAAAUUUCGGUAGAAUUGGUUGACUCUUUGAGCAGGAUUCGAUGAUUUUUUUUUUAGUCACAUUUCAGUGAACUUUUAUUAACGCAGGCGAGAACAUUUUGCUCUCGUCUUCAUCUUAUCUGUAAAUUAAUGUCUAGUGAUUUGAGAGAUUUAUAGUUGUAAUUCGAUGAUCAAAGAUUAUUGUUACAUACACGACAUCUCCUGUUAGUAUUCAGACACACUAAGUUGUAUAAUUUUGUAAAAUGAAAUUGUACAUAAUAAAGUUGGGCUCAUCUUGAA